AUGGAGAGAACCGGUUUACGUAGAUUUUCGCUCUCCUCGACAUCCUCAUCAACCCUGAUAAGUAUGAAGACCAAGAAGACGACGCCGACGACGAGUGGGAAAGAGUGGAAGGAGGAGACAGAGCGCAAGCGCUGGGACUGGCUGGACCUGAGUGCGAGUCCCCGACGCUCGACAUCCUCCGACUCUGACUCUGAGGAUGGCCAUUCGGGCUCAUCCUCGGAUGGCCGGCAAGCCGAAGAAGCAGAAGGAGGAGGAGAAGAUCAUGAUGAUCAGGCCGAUGGUACGGGAUGGGGAGCCGGAUACGAGGAGAGAGGAGACGCAGUCUACGCCCAUCCGCCCGCCGAUUGGUCGCCGCCUCCGAUCCAUCAUCCCGAUCAUCAUCGCAGACUCGGCUCGGCACUCCGCUUGGAUCACAUCGGUCAACACUCCGGCUCGGGUGGCCCGGAGGAAAACCUGCUCCUGGGUCGAGUUCCCUCCCAUCGUUACUUGGCCACGAAUAUCCAGACGAACAACAAGGCUUCUUUCUCGACCCUUGUCACUAGAUCUCCCCCACUGACUCGUAGUCCAACUACUACUGCCGCCGGAUUCCCCCGGCCAUCUCCUGGACCUUAUCCACAUCACCAACCAUUGGGAAGAUUUAAGGCGAAUCAUAACAGUGGGAGGAAUGGCCAUCAUAACAGAGCAUUAACGACCGUCGGUGGAAGCGGAGUACAGCCAGAGCCGAAUUUUGUGUCUUCGAAUAUCUAUCUGAGACCGUUACCCUCGACAUUCACUCCGCUUGACCUCCACGAACUAUGCAUGUCGAUGGUCAGACGACCUGCAACCUCCUCCUCAUCUGAGCCCUGUAAACUCCUCACCGGCCUCGAUCCUCGCUCCAAUCAACAAGAUAUUCAGAAACAUCUGGGCGAUGAUCAUCAUCUGCUUAAGCUUCACCCUUCCUCCUCCUCCUCCUCUUCCUCUAACAACGAUGACAACGAUAUCUCCCCCUCUAAAAAUGAUCGGUUUAGGAUCCUUAGCGUUAAGGUCAUGAUCGAAGAGGAAGAUCAAGCUUCUUUGGGCUCUUGUAAAGGUUUUGGAUUUUGUUUGUGGAAUUCGGUUGAGGCUUCCACCCGUUGCAUCGAAGGAUUAAGAGCGCAUGGAUACCAAGCGAGUUAUGCGCGGGAAAGCUCUAGAGGCAUGCUUGCCAGUCUGGCUGACCCGACGAGUGCGAAUAUUUACCUAUCUAACUUACCGUUCCAUUGGGGAGAAGAGGAUGUGAAAGCGCUGUUUGGAAACACGCCGAUCGCUUCUGCUCGACUCUUGCGCGAUAGGGAUGAUGAGGCCGUCGGAUCUGGCGCGAGUCGUGGGGUUGGAUUAUCGUCUCGAGCCGAUGCUUUGCACUUUGUCGAACUGUUACAUGGAAUGCCGAUCCCAGGGACUAAGUGCCAUCUCCAAUGUCGGAUGGCUGAUAGCCAGGCCCAAAAGGAGUGGAAGCGAAAUGUGCGAUCGUCCUUCAAACAGCAACUGACUCUAGAGCCAUCAGCGCCCGCAGCCCUUCCUCCCUCGGUCCAAGAAGGCUGGAACAACAGGGAUGGGAUCGCCGGCGGGCCGACGGGCACUCCGAAGCUCAAAUGGCGAAACAAGAAAGUGGCGCAGAAGAGUCACUCGACUCCUGCGAACUACAUGAUCGGGACGCCUUCGGACCGACGCAGGGCAAACACUGCCAGGUCUUUCCAGCCGACCAGGAGUGGGCCCGGGUUUGAGCUUGGUGCCGGGGGGUUUCACGUCGUAGGUCUUGGCUCUGCAGGUGGGGGAUUCUUGAUGCCUGGCUUCCAUCCAGCACACAGUGGGAGUCCGUUAGCCGGUGGCGGCCUUCAUAGCGCGAGAUUGCUCACGAGUGGGAACUCCGGAGUGGCUUCCUCGGCGCUGCCAGGUGCUCCUCCCACCGGAGCUUACGGUGACCCGGCGCUCCAGCCUCUGUUCCCGCUGGGCCCGGCUACGCCUCUCCUGCCGUUCUAUCCACCUGGAGGAUGGCCAGGCCUGAACUUCUCACCUGGCUCGGAUACCUCUCCAACCAGCUCGGUGGCCUCCCCUGCGACACCGGCCAAGUUCCCGGCGACCAACUGGCCCGGCCCGGCUACCGCCGAAUUCUUCGAGAAAUCAACCGCCUGCUAUUAUUAUCAUCAUCACGAACUUUAUCAGCCUAUCCCCAAUCAUCAUCUCCCGCAUCAGCCUCAGCCUCUCCCUCAUCACAAUGAGAGUCUGGGGCUUGUUGGUAAUCCUCCUGGUUCGACUGGUCUCAAUGAACAAAACUCUCCCCUUGACGGCCCUACCCAAGGGUAG